GGCGUGUUCUCCUUCGGCCUCCUGGCCACGGCCAUCUUCGCCAACGCGGGCCAGGUGGUCCUGGGGACCCCCGCCCCCCAUUUCCUGGCCGUGUGCCGCCCCAACUACAGCGCGCUGGGCUGCGCGGGACCCCCGGGGACCCCUCCCCACUUCGUGCCCCCGGGGGGCUCCCCCUGCUCCGGGGACCCCCCGGCCGUGGCCGCCGCCCGCAGAGACUUCCCCUGCAAGGAGGCG